CGAUCGCAGCGAUGGCAGGAUGGCAGUAUACAGCGUAUGCAGAGACUAGUGUCAAGUCUGGAAGUGCGAAGGUGUUUGUGGUACGAGUUUUUUUAAACGUACAUGAUACAAACUUAGAGGCAUUGAUAUUAAGUGCGGUUGGAUUAAUUAGAUAAAAUGCUUCAUCUGCAACAAUAUGGUAGUAGUGACGAAGAAGGAAAUUCAGAAAAUAGAGAAGAUUUUGAGGACAUAACCUCGCAUUUGAAGCCAUUAGGUUAUGGUAAAUCAAUUACAUCAAUACAAAAUAAGAUGCAAGUAUGUUCAGCUCCAGAUGUUGUUCCUACGAGUGCUGUAGAAUCUCUGCGACACAUUGAUUCUACAACAAAAGAAGUUAUGUUUAAUCCAAAAUAUGAGGAAUUAUUUGCACCUGAGAUAGGACCAGAAAACCCCUUUCAGACAAGACAGCAGCGUGCCCAUAAAAAUAUGCUUUCUGGUUUUGUGGAACAGACGCAUAUAAAUGACUUUCAGUUUGAAAAUCAGCGUAGGACUUUCAAUAGUUACGGAUAUGCUUUGGAUCCCACAGUUGGAGUGGCACCUGAAGAAGCCACACAAUUUAUAGGAGCAACGGAAGCAGCAAAGGAAGCUGAAGGCAAGACAGUCUUUGAAUCAACAAAGGAAAGAAAAUCAGACAAGAGGAAACGUAUUAAAAAUGACAAUCCAUCAGAUAUUGAAGGAUUUUUGGGCCCAUGGGGAGGUUAUGUUGAUGAGAAGAGAGUGAUGAAACCAAAUGAAGAAGAAGCUGCUGAAUUAGAGGAGAUACUUGCAAAACGACAGAAGAGAGGAAAGCAGGUGGAUGAUAAGCCUCUGGAGGAAAAGACAGUGUUACACAUCAGAGAUGUUGUGGAUUACCAGGGCCGUUCAUUCCUGCAUGCACCACAAGAUGUGGGUGUAAAUCUACGAUCUGAUUCACCCCCAGAACGGUGCUUUCUUCCAAAAUCACAUAUCCACACAUGGCAGGGUCAUACAAAGGGUAUCUCUACUGUACGUUGGUUUCCGAAGACAGCACACCUUUUGUUGUCCUGCAGUAUGGACUGCAGAGUUAAGCUGUGGGAAGUAUAUAAUGAACGUCGCUGCAUCAGAACAUAUUAUGGCCAUCAGCAGGCAGUAAGGGAUAUUUGUUUCAGCAAUGCUGGCACACAGUUCCUAUCAGCAGCAUAUGAUCGAUACAUCAAGCUGUGGGAUACAGAAACUGGUCAGUGCAUGUCUCGUUUCACAAGCCGCAAAAUUCCUUACUGUGUAAAAUUUCAUCCAGAGGAAGACAAACAACAUUUCUUUGUUGCUGGAACAUCAGACAAGAAAAUAAUCUGUUGGGAUGUACGAUCAGGAGAAAUUGUUCAAGAAUAUGACCGUCAUCUUGGUGCAGUUAACACAAUCACAUUUGUUGAUGAGAAUCGGAGAUUUGUAACAACAUCUGAUGACAAAAGUCUUCGUGUGUGGGAGUGGGAUAUUCCAGUGGAUAUGAAGUAUAUAGCUGAUCCCACAAUGCACUCAAUGCCUGCAGUGACACCGUCACCAAACCAGAAGUGGCUGGCAUGCCAGAGCAUGGACAACAAGAUUGUCAUAUUUUCAGCUUUGAAUCGAUUUAAGAUGAACCGCAAGAAAACCUUCAGCGGACAUAUGGUGGCUGGUUAUGCAUGCACUCUUGAUUUCUCACCGGAUAUGAGCUACUUGGUAUCAGGGGAUGCUGAUGGUAAAUGUUAUAUAUGGGACUGGAAAACCACAAAGCUGUACAAGAAAUGGAAGGCUCAUGACAGUGUAUGCAUUGGAGUGCUGUGGCACCCACAUGAACCUAGUAAACUCGUUACUGCUGGCUGGGAUGGUCUUAUCAAGUACUGGGAUUAAAGUAGCACUUUUGAUCAAGAAAGGAAGAUGAGAGGUUGUAAGUAUGACACGUUUCACAUAACCUGUAUAGUGCCAAGAACAGUGAAACUGAAAGAAGAAAUUGUGUGAAGUGCUGAUAUAAUUUAUAUCAAUUCUUUGUUUUAUCUGACAUUCACCAUAUUAGAUUGCCAUAAGAGUUUUUGUAUGUGAAGAUCAUAUACAGUUGCUGUAAAUAUAUCAGUUCAUAUUCUUGUUAUUAAAUAUUUGUGGUAAUAGUUGAUUCA